UUGUGUUCAGAGCAUGAGUAGCGUAACAGAUAAGUACAAAUUACAUUCACUUCGUGCGUUGUUAGAGUUAAUGUGUAUACAUAUGUUUGUAUACGCUAAGAGAGGGGCUCUCCGGAUGAAUAACGAGUAGUGUUUAGCUGCCACACACUUACACUUUUAUAUUUUGAAGAGUGAAAACACAGAUUGUACUCAACACCUAAGAGUUUAUUAAAUUCCUAACAAUUUUGAAGUAUACACAUGAUUCCGCGAAAGAGAUUUUUACUUUAACCGAACUCGAAAUGGUAAUUAUAAUUAUGGUUUAUCAAGCGGAGAUGCUACUUUCCUAGUAUCGACAUAUUCCUCCAUUUAUUUGCAGCGGUAAUAUGAUAAAUACAUAUAUAUAUGUACAUAUACGUAUGUCGUUUUGUCGCUUCUUAAGAGCUCGUUUUGCGGUCUUUGCUUGUUCGCGGUAGUGACAAUACGUAAGUAGGUAAACAAACGAUCACUUGGGUUCUUUUCUCAAUGCAGAGAAUUUUACUUAGUAGGUAUGGUAUCGAAAACUGCUUCUUCAGUAUAGCGUCAAUAGCGGUGCACAGAAGUUCAUAUUUCAGUCACUUCGUGAGUUGUUACGGAAAGUUCAAUAAUUUAAAAUGGCCACAAGUUCUAAGCAAACAACUGCUUCACAGCGUAAUUCGAGUGAGUUGAAACUACAUUUCAUGAAGAAAUUAAUGAAGAAAAUAUUUUGCUUCUACGAUGAACAGUCUUUAAUUGAUGUGACUUUUAAAGUUUCUAACCCAGAGGCUUUUGUACCCGCACAUCGUUUGAUACUCUCAGCAGCGAGUCCUUACUUCGAGAACCUCUUCAACGGCGAUCGAGGCAAUGCUCAUGUCAUCGAAAUAAAUGAUAUCGAUAGCGAUAUCUUUGAACGCUUAAUAACCUUUUGCUACACCGGAAAAGCGCUGUUUACCGUUGACAAUGUCGCUGCGAUGCUGAAGGCGGCAAUCGUAUUGCAAUUGGAAGAUGCCACGACCAUUUGCAUGGACUUCAUUAUGUCGCACAUCGAUGAAUGCACAUUACAGGGUGUAUAUGCGCUAGAACGCGAAACGCAAUGUGAACUUGUCAAGCGGAAAAUCCACGAAUACGAAAUACAGAAUUUCAUGGAGAUUAGCCAACGGGACGAGUUUCUCAAUUUUGAUGUUGAGAAAUUGCAAUGUCUUCUCGAAUCGGACAAUCUAAAUAUAACUUGUGAGGAAGAUGCAUAUGGUGCCAUAACUCGUUGGUUUAAUCACGAUGUUUCUGCGCGCCAAAAACACCUAUCUCGUCUAGUCGCUUGCCUGCGGCUCACGCAAUUCGAUGUGGACUUCCUCUUGACUCACAUUCAGUCAUUACUUGGUUGUGAGCUGUUGGCCUUCAUGGCGUCUACGUGGAUCAGUAAUCCCUCAGCACGAACUAAGAUAAAUAUGCGAUUUACUGAACCACGUGUAGGGAUCGGUGCUGGAAAUUCUGAUGAGAAAACUUUGCUAAUGGUUUACAAAGAGCAUAAUGCGUCGAAGGCAUGUGCACUUCAAUAUAAUAAAGCUGAGGACACAUGGCAAAAAUAUGCGACUCUAUAUAAUUAUAAUAUAAACUCUAGUGCGAUUUUAAAGGAUGACAAUUUGUUAUUUAUUGGUGGUGAUAGCUAUAAAUCACCAUCCAAAAGUUUUCUCAGUUGGAAUAUUCCAAAUAAAACAUGGCGAGAAUUGCCAGAAAUGAACCAAGCACGAAGGGAUCACAGUGUUGUCGAAUUAGAUGGAAAAAUCUACGCAAUUGGUGGUCGUGGUGAGAAUAAUACUCUUCUGCAGUCAGUUGAAAGGUAUACGGCAUCCAAUGGUUGGGAGUUCGUGGCACCUUUGAUUACAGUACGUUUCGAGGCCGGUGCAGUGUCUUUGAAUGGUAAAGUUUACAUAAUAGGCGGUUCGAAUAGAAAAACCUUAAAAUCCGUGGAAUGCUAUAACCCGGAUUCGAAUAGUUGGACUUAUUGUGCAGUUAUGAGAGAAACGUGCCGGAGCCUUAGUGUAGCUGCACAUAAUGGCCACAUUUAUGUUGUAGGCUAUUUUAAAGGUAGCCCAGCUGUUGAACGUUACGAUCCUCAGCGAGACACAUGGACUCAGAUUUGCUCUUUGAAAAAUGAUACUUGGUGUGAAUUCGCUUGCGCAUCUCUUGACAAUAAACUAUGGACUAUUGGUGGCAGCGUGGAGAAUGAGAAUGGGACAAGAGUUGCCGUUUAUAACGACGAAAAUGACCGUUGGGUACAGAAAAACCUGUUACCCAAAGGAGAAAUAUAUUUUUGUUUUGCUGCGUCAUUGUCUUUACUGACCUAAAAAUAAACCAACAAAAAUAAAAAUGUUGUUCUGUUUUAAUAAACUACUUAUAAGAAAUACACAAAAUCCAAAAAACUUUCUUUAGCACAAUAAAUCGUCCUGUUUAUCAAAUAAAUUAACAGCGACUCGUUUACAGCAGCAUGCAAGCUAACCAACCAUGAAACCGACCACAAGGCCACAAAUGAUAUGCGAAAAACUAAUAUCACUUUCGAAUAUUUAUUAUUUCUUUUAUAAAUAUAAUUUAUAAAGCAAUAAACACGAGCUGUGUGUAUGAAUUUAAUUAAAAUAAGAAAAAAGUCAAAAAGAAAAUAAAAAAAAAAUUGUAAAACUAAAAUCCUGACGCUCAAGUGCUUUACUGUGGGAGUGUAUUUACUACCUCAGUCAAAUAAUUAUAUGUGCAUGAACUUUUUGCAAAAAAAAUUAAAGAUUACAAAACUGCAAAAUAUUUCUGAGUAUGCAGGUUUGUUAUUAUUAAUGUAUACGAUAUAAAAAACAAAAAAUUAACAAAUUUCAAAAUAUUUUUUAAACUAUAAAACAAAAUUGAAGUUUAGGCUAAUGGUAAAUAUUUAUAUGUGCAUUUUACUAUUUUUACCAGUAAAGCCUAUACAUUUGAGUUUAACUGAAAGAAAUGUUUAUUUUAAUAGUCAGUAGAAUUAUCCUUAUAUUUUAAAACUAAAUUAAGCCGCUUAAUCAGAGAAUUAACUACUGACUGUAGAAUAGUUAGGUAAAUAUUGGCAAAUUCUUGCUUUAUGGCUAAUUUAAGGUGACGUACUGUCUCAAACUACUUUCCUUUUUGGAAAACAGGAGCAGAGAGGUUCCCCCAGAGAUCCUCAAUAGGAUUUAGGUUCGAACUCAAUGCUGCACAUUGUAAUACCGGAAUUUUCCGUUCGUUAAAGAUGUUCUUCGUGUGGAUUAAAGCGUUAUCCUUUCGAUAUGUCCAGUUAUAUGCCAUAAAUAUUGCCAGCAAAUUUUAUUAACUCGCUGUCCAAAAGAUCUACAUUGAUAUUAGCAUUCAUUUGAGUGAAUAUAAAACAUGUAGAUAGCUUUCCCCAGCAGCAAAAUGCAGCCCCUGAAAUCAAGGUACCGCUUCCAAAACAUCGCUUGUAGUAGGACCGUCGUUUCUGGUGCGAAUCUCUCGAAUAUUUCUUGCAAUGACCUGGGCCGACCUAAUUCAAUUUUUUUUCGUCACUAAAGACUGUAUUCUAUCACUCAUCGGCACAGAAUUGGUAUUUAUUUGCAAACCUCAAAUGUGCUUAUUGUGUCUUUCUUUAGCGUUGGUUUAGGUGCCAUGGA